CCCGGGCAGCACACAGCAGCGCAGCCACAGCCAGGCUCGGCUUUCGGCUGUCGCGGAGCCCGCAGCCCUGCCGCCCCGCCUCCGGGCAUCCGGGCAGCGCCGCGCCGGGGAGGGCUGUCAGCAUAAAGGUUGAGCUGUGCCCUCUCGCGGCACUGCUUGCUUUCCAUCCUGGUGGCUCGGCUCUCACGCCCGCUCCGGGGCUGCUGCGGCACGCCAGGCAGGCGGUGGUGGUCUCUGCCCCGCGGCCCGACAGGCGGAGGUACCCCUGGUAUCUGAAGAAAUAGCCUCAAGAUGAACUGCUUCCUGGAAACAUUAAAAGUCUUAGGACUUCUUGUUUGUUACUUGCUGGAGACACUGGUGUUCUUGGUGGUGCCUAGAAGGAAGAAAAAUGUCAGCGGUGAAAUAGUAUUAAUAACAGGAGCGGGAAGUGGUAUUGGAAGACUCUUAUCCUUGAAGUUUGCUAGCCUUGGAGCCACAGUGGUUCUCUGGGAUGUUAAUCAAGAGGGGCUCAAAGAGACAAGUAGACUGGCCCGAGAGCUUGGAACAGCGAGAGUACACUCUUACAUCUGUGACUGUAGCAAAAGACAGGAGGUCUACAGAGUAGCUGAUCAGGUUAAAAAAGAAGUUGGCGAUGUUAGCAUCCUGGUCAAUAAUGCUGGUAUUGUAACUGGGAAGAUGUUUAUGGAUGCUCCAGACUCACUUAUGGAAAAAAACAUGGAAGUGAACACAAUGGCACACUUCUGGACUUACAAGGCCUUCCUCCCAGCAAUGAUGGCCUCUAACCAUGGACACUUGGUUAGUAUUGCAAGCUCAGCAGGAAUGACUGGAGUCUGUCGUCUUUCAGAUUACUGUGCGAGCAAAUUUGCAGCAGUUGGAUUUGCGGAGUCAGUUGAUUUAGAGAUGAAAGACCUGGGAAGGACUGGUGUUAAAACCACAAUUGUGUGUCCUUACCUAAUAAACACAGGAAUGUUUGAUGGCUCUAGAACCAAGUGGCCAAGUCUGCUUCCUAUUCUGGAGCCAGAGUAUGUGGCCGAGAAGAUAAUCACUGCCAUUCGUCGGGACCAAGAAAUAUUGCUGAUACCACGAUUUCUUUAUUUCUUACUUUUUUUGAAGUGUAUCAUGCCAGCAAAAGUAACUGUUCUCUUUGCGGAAUAUUUUGGGAUCUUCCGUAUCAUGGAUGACUUCAAAGGUCGGGCGAAGGAGGACUGAACAGGCACAAAAUUAAGAGACCAGCAACUGUGAAGUGCACCUUAUGAAAGACGGUGGUAGGAAAGGUCUACUUCUCUAGCAGCUGUGAACUUCAGGCACCUCACUUCUCCUUAAUAACAAGUUUUAAGGAAGUGGCUUUUUAAUUGGCUCUUUAUCAGCAGCUUUCACUUUCACUGGAUUGAAAAACGGUGUCCUUUCUUUUCACCUCACUGUGGAAAUACAUUACUUGAAAUUAGUUCCUUUAAUUAUGUCUGUUCUAAUACCUUAAAUAUGAUCCUUUAUCACAAAUUAGUAAUUGCCAGCUUUGUGGGGAAGAGAGUCCAAGAAACCACACAUUUGGCAGGGAGCCAGGAAGGCCUCUAGUGGACCCGAUUUCUCACUGCUGUUCACUGAAGCAUGAGGAGGGGCUGUACUGCUGGUGCAGUUACCAUUCCCUGGUAAGCUGAGGAAUUUGAGAGCUUCCUGAAGCAAAAGAUUUGAAUUUAUACAAAUGGAAAUUUUGUGAAAAGAAAAUAUGUGCUGUCGUGGUGAAAAAACAAUCAAAUAAUUCAUUUUUGAGGUCAUGGUCUUGGGACUCACAGAUGGCUGAGGAUGUCGGGGCAGGAAGAGGGAACUAUGUUAAUUAUAUAUUUUUGCUGCUAAUCUAGUUUUUGUCUAAUUUAUUUUGAAUGCUAAUCCUGCAUGACUGCAACUUUGUAGUAAAGUCUUUGUAUCUUCUAAGUACAAUUUUUAAAGAACAAAUUUAAAUGUUCAUCUUCUAUGCAAAAUAAAUGUGUAGUUAUAAAACCUAAGGCUGCAAGUCUAGGUGGGCUACUAAACAUCUUGCCAAGUAAGAUAAUGAGCUCCGAAAAGCAAAGGGAUUACCGAGCAAAGGGAUUACUUCAGAAAAGAAUGAUGCUGAUAGAACUGGAGUAAAUGGGAUUUUGACAGCCAUAGCUUGAGUAACUGCAUUGUGUUUCGCUUCUCUGAACUGGGUGGCAAGUUGCCUUGUCUAUAGAGACUUGUUUUACUUUCCCUUUACUCUUAGGGCUAUGCAUUUAUUUUGUACAUAUGCUGAGGAGGCCUUGCCUAUUUUGACAGUGGCUGCUUAAACUGAAAGCCCCCUUGACCUUUGCUAAAUCUAAAACAAGAAAAAGGAAGACUAUACCCUAAAUAUAUAUCAUUUAUGCACAUGCUGGCGAAACCCACCUUAUAUCACAGUACUCUGCUGUGCAAUUGGUAACAACUGCAGACUAAGACUAAAAUGCAUUGGUGUGCAAUUAAUUGAAGGACAAUAUGGAGAAAAAGGUGAUUUUUUUUUUUUUAAACCUUUAUUUUUUUUAUCAUUUUUCUUUCCCAUGAUGGCCUGGAAAGUACCUGCUCACUAAUUGUAUAGACAAGGGAAGUUUUACCAGUGGAGAAUGGUUUACGUAGACCUACUUUAGUGAUGAUGAGCAAGAACCACUGAGUUAAAACAAGAGUGUUAAAAAUAGCUUUACCUUUAUGAUGGAUUGAUGAGAGUUAAAAUUCAGACUGAUGAAGAAAACGUGUCUUCAUCUCCUUUCAGAUCUGCAGCUUUUCUAUGUCAGCAGUUCUCCUUAUUAUACAGUACACUCAAGAAAUAAAGUUACUAAUUAAAAAACAGAUAUUGCCCAAGUGUGCUGUCCAUACAUACGUUGCACUCUUCGCAAAGUCAGCUACUAAUAACUUUGUGGUGUAUCUAUGUCCUGCAGGCUCCUCACCUUUUUAUAUUAACAGAGCACAUUUUUCCUCCUAACUGAAAUAGGAGGUGUGCGGGAUUGUGGAGCAAAGGAGGAAGAGAAGUGGAUUAUGCAUAUGAGCAGUAUGUAUCAAAUUACAGUUCUUGUGAGAGCAAGUAGCCUUUCAUUCUUAAUGUCUCUGUGAACACAUUCUGCUGAGGGAAGUGGAAAGCAAUGAGUCUGGCUAUGGGAUUUGUGGAUUCUCAGCAGGUUCAGGUUUGUCACACUAGGAGGAUCUUACCUGAUAACUUGUGCCAGAGAGGUACAUCUCCAUAAGGGUUUUAGUACCUCACAGAAUCAUUGAGCUUGGAAAAGACCUUCACUCAGGGAAAGGUCAAUUAAAGCAGGUUCUGUUCUAUUCUAGGCUGCUCAGUACUGUAUUCAGUCAAUCAAGUUUUUAGUAUCUACAAGGCUGGAGACUCUACAGCUUCUCUGGGCAACCUAUUCCAAUGUUUGUUCACAUUCAGUUUAAAAACAAAUAAAUUAAAAUUAUGUUUAAAUUGAAUGUACUUUUUCCAAUUCAUACCCAGUGCCUCUUGUUCUUUCAGUGGAUUCCACUGAGUCUGGCUUUGUGUUUUACACCUUCCCAUCAGGUACUUAAUACACAUAUUGAGUCUUUUUUUCUCUAGGCAGCAUUCCCAGCUCUCUCAACUUCUUGUGUGACAGGUACACCAGGACCUUAAUUGUCUUUGCAGCCCUUCACUUGACUCACUGCAGUACGUUCAUGUUUUUUAGAGACCAAGUUCUGCAGUAGGUUGAGUGUGCGUAAUCUGUCAUUACAGAGCUUCACUAGAAAACCUCUGCUGGCUCACUGUCCUGGCAGAAGUACACAAAUACUUUAUUGAAGUGUGCUGCUACCACUCUGAAUGUCACGGUCACUAUCAAAUUACUUCAUGUGACUGGAGGAUUGUACCUAUCCUGUUGGUGAUUUUGAUCUCUUGUGUUAACCUGAGAUUGCAUGACACAAAGUUGUAUCCUGGAGGUCAAGAGGUCAAGCAGCACAAAUCCUUCCUCUGUGUUCAGGAGGUGGUAUGGAGUGAGUGUUUGGAUCUUCCAAUGACAUUUUCUUGAGAUAAAAGAUGGCUUAUAUCCAAGCAUAACAGUGAUUUUGAUUACUUUCCUGAUGCCAAGAAAGACUCUUUCCUCCAGCUCUCAGCAAGAAAACUCUUCAGGGAAGGACUGCUUUGAGACCCAAAGAUAGAAUAGAAAUGAAGAUAGAAUAUGAAAUGGAAGAGCAUCUCAGUUGUGACAGCUUCAUGCCUGACAACGGCAAGAGACUGUAUUCUGAAGUACAUCAGGCAGCUCUUACGGACAAAUUGCUUGAAACUGUAGUCUAUAACAAAAGGACUUAGUCCUAAAUUUGACUGGGAUGGCUGCAUUUGCUUGACAAUCACUGAUACAGUGGUUCAGAAACAGUCCAGAAUGUGGUAUUUUGUUUCCUAUUUUGUUUCUUUUCUGUGUGAGUUCAUAUUCCUGUGGUAGCAGAAGUCUCUUUCCUCUUAUGCUUCAAAGCACCAAAAACAUAAUUCUUCUUGGCACUAACUUGAUCCUCUGCAUAAGACUGAGGAAGAAAACAAUACAAACUCAUUAGCAGCUGAGAUACAAGCACCAUUAUUAUUUUAUGAAUUUGGAAAUCAUACCCAAGAGCACUACACAGCUGCUCAGAAGCUCAUUUCCAGAAGGAACUAAGCAGCUAACUCUUUCCUGGUAACUUUCCUAGGGGUAGUUGAUCUUCUGAAGACACCUGUGUGGACUGCAUGCUUUGCUAAGCAGCUGUCCAAAACUAUAGGCUUUGUAAAAUAAAUAUUUUAACAAAAUA